GUUUUCCAUCUGAAACUCGAAAAAAAUAAGUUUUAAGAAAGAAAUUGUGUGAAAAAUCAUCAAAAAAUGUCAAAUUCGUGUAAAAAUUAGACUGAACUUUCGUGUUGAAGAACAUUUUUCGUUGGAAAAAGUGAAAAAAACUCCUGCAAAGUGCGAAAUUUCCAUUUGGAACGCGAUUUUGUGCAGAAUGCAACAACAACUUAUCGCAAGAAGACAUCAAGUCUGGCCUUUGUGUUGUUGUAGGUCUGAAAAGUGAAGCAAAAGCAACGAAAGACGCUGAAAACCGAAGAAAAAAUUCCAUUUCUCAAACAAAUUAUACUCACACAUUGAAUUUAAAUGAACCACAAACAUGUCAAACAAAAAAAUGAGUAAUGAUAACAGUGCGGGUUACCCUCAGGAGAUCUACGAAAACCUCCCGUGUCAUCCCGCAGUCAAAAAUGACGGCAGUUCAAACAACAAAAAACUGAUGCUCGUCAAGGAAGGACUUUAUGCGACUCCCCUGAGGAAAUCUGAUCGCGGGCGGAGUGCAACGAAAGAGCGACAAGCCCAACAUUUACGCUACAAUCUCGAAAAAGACGUCAAGGAGGACGAAAAUAACGCCGAACGCGAAGAUGUGAAUCCGGAACUCGAAGAAAGGCGCAUCCGAAAUUUCAUCAAGGACACGACGCAGAUGCAUAAACGUCUGGAAAUGCACAAAGACAUGCAAAAUUCGAAUUUUUCGUAUCUCGCAAGGAAGGAACAUUUCGCGAAUUUGGUGCAACAGAACAUUUUGAAUGAUGGCGAGGCGUCGUCGGGUGCUGCAAUGCCUUCGGGCGAAGAAAAAACGGUUGAAAAGCAAGAUACGGAGGAAAUUGGCAUCGAAAAAGCUGCGUCAGCAUCCAUGGCGAAGCUUUUCAGCGAAGAUGGGGCGCGAAAAAUCACUUCUGUGCAUUCGUCGCCGUGUUAUCGACCUCCGCGCAACUUCGAAAUGGUCGAUUUGAACCGCGAAUGGGUCUUAAAGAAGAUUGCAAUGUGCUUGGAGCAACGUGCCAGCAAAAAACCCAUCCCAUUACUGCCCGAUAACGACGGCAUGGUCAAAGGAAUGUCAAGUCAUGGUCAUGCCACGGCGGGAAAUCACGCAAAUUUACCUCAACUCGGGUAUUUAAUCCUCGGAUCUAACGGUUCUGGCAAAACUUCCAUCUGCCGCGACAUCCAAAACGGCGUAAAUGGCACCAAAGGACUCCUAAAUCGUCGAUUACUCGGUUGCUACUUCAUCAAUAGCCAAGAACCCGAAUGUCAUAGCUUGAGUUCCUUCGUACGAAGUCUCGUGCUGCAAAUUCUCGUGCACUCGAGCUACAUCAACAAAGACGAUGCCGCGAAUUUUUCCUUCAACGACACGGAAAAUGCGGAAAAUUGCCUCCCCGAAGCCGAUCAAGCGACUUCUGUCGUGCCCGAAGACACCAAAGAACGCAAAUUCUCGGAAUCUUCCUUGCUGGACAAGGAACUCGAGGAAAUUAUCAAGGAAGAAUUGCGCGCGCAAGACGCCGAGAAGCAAAAACAACAAAAAAUCGUGCGACAAUGUUCGGAUCCGCCGCAAGAAACGGAAGCAAAGGAAGAAAAUACAACAAAAAAUUACGGAACUCACCCGCCGUCGCAGAAAAACACAGAAAAUCGCGUCAAAGAAAUUUUAAAAGAUGAAAAAACGAAUGGAUCUCCAUCAAAAAGUGGCAAUCUUCAACUCCCAAGCAAGAAGAGUAAAAUUCCUGUGCCGCGUGGAGCGACUCCAAAAAACACUCAGGGGUCUCCUAAACAGCAAGUUGAAUCAGAAACAUCCCAAACUGAGUCUGCGAAACAUGAAGAAAUUGAGAAACAAGAGCCAGAAAAUGAAAAAUCCGAACAAAAAGAGGAUUCUUUAAUACCUGAGGGUGCUGUGGAAGCUCCCGCGGACCUUGAUGUCACCUUAGAAGCAGAUAUUUUGGAAGAAAUCAAGGCAGAAGAUCUCAAAACGGAGAAAAAUGAUGAUAUUUCGAAGAAAUCAUCGUCUCCCGAGUCAACUCCAGCUCCAUUACCCAAAUCCAAGAGCUGUCGAACGAUCAUCGCUGAUGCUUAUUACGAAAUGCUCCUCUCCAAUCCCGAUAUUUUCGAGAGUUUAACCAUCGAUGCCAUCGAAAAGAACCCCGAUGACUGCUUCAAAAAGGCAAUUUUGUUCCCGCUGCUCGAAUUAAGUCCCCCAAAGACGGCUUUGCUGCUCCUCAUCGACUCCAUUGACGAAAAUUACCUCAACGAAGGCAGUUUGAUCUCAACUCUCAAGGGAAAAGUCUCCGCUAAAAGUCGCAAUAUCGCCGAAUUGUUGUCAAAUCACAUCCAUUUGCUCCCGAAAUGGCUGUUUUUGGUCGCCACAGCGAAAAAACAAAACAAAAACAUCACAAAAUUAUUUACGGGCUUCAAAAAAUUGGCAUUAGAUGACUUGCGGAAGAGUCACGUGGUUAAAGACGUUCAGCAGUACAUCAUAAACCGGCUUAAUUGUGAUUUUCGUGGCAUUAAUUUGACCAAAGACAUCAUCGAGAGCUUGAAUCAACUUUAUAUCAAGAGCAACGGGUCCCUUUUGUACUUGUACAAAGUCCUCACAGGCAUCAAAGAUAACUUUUUCACGUUUCGUGAGAUAAAAAUGAUCCCGUGUACGUUAAAUGGCUUGUAUUUGUACAUCUGCCAGAAAUCCUUCAACAAGAAGCAAUAUAGCAAAGUGCGACCUAUUUUGAAUAUUUUACUCACCUGCAACUCAUUUGUGGAGAAACAUUUUGUCUUUAACUGCCUCCGAACGCACAAUUACGCGAUCGAUCAGGAAGAAUUCGACUCUCGUCUCGAUCUCAUGCGAAAUAUCGUCGAAACCGAAGGCAAUAAAAUCAAAAUUUUUCACAAUUCGUUCUGCGAAUGGCUUAUCGAUGUCAAAUUUUCGACGAAAAAAUUCCUGUGUGACGUCAAUGAGGGUCACGUGAUGGUUGGCAUGUACUAUACGAUGAUCUCCGACGAACUUUGCCCCAAUAAAGUUCGUCAAUAUAUCUUCCAUUUGGUCAAAACCGGCGAAUAUUUGGCAGGGAAAAAAUCUCAUCUCGAUAUUUUGUUGGUCCUGCUCGAUUCUAAGGCGAAUUUGAACGAUUGUUUUUACACAAAUCUCAUAAAUUGCUGCAAAAUGUGCGAAUGGGAGCUGAAAAAUCACGUAAAUUUGCCACAAAAAGGCAGACAACUCAUCGACAAGUACCUCAGUGCGGAGCUAAAUCACGAUUUCAUGCAAUUCUUGAACGACUUUUUCAAGCCGGGCCUUCCGACGGACAGUAAAGUGCUUAAAUUGAUGAUCGAAACGGGCGUUAGUAACGCAGAUUCGCAAAUUUCCCGCGAAUCGAGCAUUAAUUCGCCACUUUUUUCGGAGAGAUCACAAAAUAUCGACUCAGAAUUGGCUGAAUUGCUCAUCAGCAGUGAGCGCAGUUGCAUGAUGGAAGUCAAUGGAUGUGCCACGGAUGAAGUUUCGAAGACAGAAUCGGCAGUAGAGUGUGCGACGCCGUUACAAUUUGAGGGUUUCGAUAUGGAACUGCAAAAAGGAAAGGCUUUAAUUCAUCUUUUAGCGAAUGAGGGAAAUCAUGUCUUACUUGAACGUGCAUUAAAAGCUUGUAAUACUCCCGUUGAUUUGGAAAUUGAGGACUUGAAUGGGCAAACAGCGUUAAAUAUCGCCGCGAGAAAUGGUCAUCCGGAGAUCGUAAAGUUACUUUUGAACCAUUCGCGAGGUGCAGAUGUGAAUCACCCGGAUCGUGAUGGAUGGACCCCGCUCAGAUCAGCGUCAUGGGGAGGUCAUACUGAAAUUGUGAAGAUGUUAAUUGCGCAUCCAGGUUGCAAAAUUGAUCGUGCUGAUCGGGAGGGAAGAACGGCGUUACGAGCAGCUGCGUGGAGUGGCAAUGAGGAUAUCGUAAAAAUUCUAAUUCAAGCAGGGGCGAAUGUUAAUUCGAUCGAUAAGCAGGGAAGGACUUCGUUAAUUGCCGCUUCGUAUAUGGGGCAUUACGAUAUUGUCGAGAUACUGUUGGAAAAUGGCGCGGAUGUGAAUCAUACGGAUCUGGAUGGGAGGAAUGCGUUGUGUGUUGCUGCUUUGUGUGGCAGUUCGGGGUAUAAUAAAGUGAUUUCGACACUUUUGGAGCAUGGCGCGAAGACAGAUCAAACGGAUAAUGAGGGAAUGUCGCCGUUGUUGGUUAGUUCGUUUGAGGGAAAUGCUGAAAUUUGCGAGUUGUUGUUGGAAAACGGCGCUGAUCCAGAUUUAGCAGAUCACAUGGGUCGAACUCCCUUAUGGGCAGCUUGUACUUCAGGCCAUUCGCAUGUCGUAAAACUCCUGCUAUUUUGGGGAUGCGGCAUCGAUUGCAUGGACUCAGAAGGAAGAACAGUUUUGAGUGUUGCCGCUGCUCAAGGCAACUUGGAGACAGUUCGUCAACUUUUGGAUCGCGGAUUAGACGAAACGCAUCGCGAUAACGCGGGAUGGACUCCCUUGCAUUACGCCGCCUUCGAAGGUUACGCCGACAUUUGCAUCCAACUGCUCGAAUCUGGCGCCAAAAUCGACGAAUGCGACAACGAGGGCAAAACUGCGUUGCAUUUGGGCGCCCAAGAAGGUCACAAAAACGUCAUCGAAGCAAUUCUCGAUAUUCAUCGUCCGUGUGUGGAUCAAAAAGCGCACGAUGGCAAGACAGCGUUCCGUCUCGCGUGUCUCGAGGGGCAUUUCGAGUGCGUCGAGACGUUGUUGCGAUACGGUUGUGACGUAAAUACGCGAGAUGCGGAUUCGCGGAGCACGUUGUACAUCCUGGCGCUCGAAAAUAAGCUGCGAAUGGUGAAAUUUUUGCUGGAAUAUUCGAAUGUUGAUGUCAAUGUGCCCGAUAGCGAAGGCAGAACGGCGCUUCAUGUCGCUGCAUGGCAAGGACAUGCGGAAAUGGUGAAACUUUUGAUCACGAUGGGCAAUGCGAAUGUCAAUGCGAUGGAUCUGGAGUAUAGGUCGCCGUUGCAUUCGUGCGCUUGGCAGGGAAAUCACGAAGUUAUGCGACUUUUGAUGUAUUACGGGGCAGUUCCUGAUCACGCGUGCAAGCAAGGAGCGACAGCUUUGGGGAUUUCGGCGCAAGAAGGGCACGAGGAGUGUGUAAGAAUAUUGCUGCAAUUUGGAGCGAAUCCCUUCAAGUCAGAUCAUUGCGGGCGAACACCGAUAAAGUUGGCGGCAAAGUCGAACAGGAAUAAUGUUUUGAGAAUUCUGGAGGAAUAUGCGAAAUCUGAUCCCGUCAUUGAAUCAUCAAAUCGACCAAGUGCGCCGCACAUGCACGCCCCAUCGCCCGAUAAACCCGUUCCGCCGCCGCAUCAGAGUCAUCAUGUACCAAAGCAAUCGCCCAAUGGCGUCAUUUCGGGCGCCUUGGGACCCUCAUCGCUCGCUAGUCAGAACAACUUAAUGGUGCCGGGUCACUUAAAUGCAACAAAUUCCACCCAAAGUAGCAAUAACUUUUACGAAAACACCAUGAACUCCGCUGAUAGCAGCAUCCAAAAGCGAAAAAGUGUCAUUUCUAGUCAAUCUACGGGAAGCAGUACUGAGGUACCAAUUUCCUUCACGCAACAACUUCAAAAACACUCGAGACAUCACAAUUUGCGCAAUAGUCAGGUACUUCCAACGACCAAAGGACAACAGAAAGCAGCGAAACAUCAACAAUCAUUGGCGAAUGUUGAGGAAUAUCAAGCAAAUAUCGCUGCCAAUUUGCGAGCAACUGAUGCAGAUCUUUUCGAUUUGGGUUGCAUGUCACCUUUAUACGCUUCUCCGCCGCAUUCGCCGAGCUCGGAUGUCAGUAGUCCGGGACAAGGACUUCCUCCGCAUGGGUUCGAAGACAUGGGAACAACGACAGCGAGUCAGGCAUUCCAUCAUGACUUGCAUUUCGCACGUGAUACACACAUGAGGAUCAUCUUGGGCAACGCUCAAAAGGAAAAAGAGGCGAAAGAAGCAAAGGAAGCGAGCAAAGCGAAAAAAGCUGCUUCGAGCAAUCCCGCAAUGCGUUUGAUCCGUAACCGAAUCGAUUCCGCAGCAAAUUUGAUCCGACGAACACCAAAUAUUUUGAAUAUCACAUCGAACAGUUCGAGUCAAGGCUCAUCCAGCAUCGGCGUGAAGUCAGGCACCUUCCAAUGGCGCAAAGAGAGUCAAAUGUAAAUCCCGCAAUACGUAAAACUGAUAAAAAAUUUAUUUUUUUGCCUAGAUGUCUUUACGAUCUGAGUGUUUUUUACUAAAAAAAAAUUAAUAUUCCUCAAAAAAAGAUCUUCAUGUGCAAAAAUCGGUGCAUUUAAAUUUUUUUGAAUUUUUUCAUGAGUCUCAAACGUGCUCAGAAAUGAUAAAAAUUCAUUCUAACUAUUACAAUUAUACUAAAAAACAACAAAAAAAUAUUUAUUCUACCAUUAGUGAGAUACUAGAAAGUAGUGAACAGGAUUAAAUCAGGCAUUUUAUUUAGUAGAUUAAGGGGCAACGAACCAGAAGGCCUAAAAAAUUAACUUAAACCUGCAGGCCAGAUGCAAUUUUACCCCAAAAAUCCAUCAACCGCUCAAAUAAUUGCUACGAAAAGUGGCAAAAACUUAAAAGUAGAUGAACAAAAAUAACAAUAGAUUAACUAUUUUGAAAAAAAAACCGAAGAUAUUCCAUUAAAAUACCCUAAAUUUAAAUUUAAAAAAAAAAUAAUAGAUUCUAACGAAAAUGUUAGAUUGAAUAUUUUUGAUCAAACUUACACAUGAAAAUAUAAAAAAAAAUAAUUUUUUGAGCAUACGUAUAAAAAACUACCUAAAAAAGUAGAAAGAGAGAGAUAAAAAAAUGUAGUAGAAAGCAAAUAAUGAUUAACAAUCAGAUUAUAAAAAUUAA